AUGGAAUCGACCGAAAGCAAGAAGAGACCCGCGCUCGAGCCCAGUGGCGGGCCACAGAAAAUGCCGCGAACCAGUCCCAACCCCAACCCCAAGAAUCGGGUUGAGAUUGCCUACCACAGCUCAAUCGAGGAUAAAGAAAAUAAUCCUCUUGAGGCCUGUAAGAGCAAGAUGGCUAUGGACUCGGGGUCACUCAGUUACGAUGCCGAACUUAAAGUGGCCGCAAACAAAAGCGGCUUCGACCUCCUCGAAAGACUAAGUGCUAUGGAGGAAAAGAUGGCCGAAAUGGAGGAAAAGAUGGAAACCUUCGAAGGACAUCGCCUGAAUCAUCUCGCUCUCCGUGAACGGGCUAUUUCUACAUGGGUCCGCGAUGCGCUAAAGAAAGAUACCGCUCGCCGCAAUCAGGAGAUCAAAAGACUUAACACGGAGAUUAUCCACGGUGCUGAUAUACAUACCGAUGCUAUAGUACUCAAGAAGUAUCGGGAAAGCAGUACCGAAUGGCAAGCUUUCAGUAUGCUUUAUGGACUAACCCUUUAUGAAAUAAAUAAGCUCGACAAAAAGAAAUGCGAAAGCUCUCUACUGGCCUUAAAUAGAGCAGCUGCUCUCUUGUUUAAGGAUAAUCGGCCAAAACUUCCUUCGGCGGAGGAGAAACAACGAGAGGCUCUAGUCGAUCUGCUCCGACUGGAGAAAUAUAGAGAGGCUGAGGAGAUGAGUGGCACUUUUCUUGUUGAAGAGUAG